GCCGCCGCCAGAGUGGCGAGGGCUCGCACCAUCCGGGCCUGGCCGGCCGGCUGGUUCCUUCAGCUGACGGGGCCGGGAUCGACUCCCACCUGCCGUUGCCGGCGGCGACCGGCCAGCGGCGGUGGGCAUCCACCAGCUCCGCGCUGGCCACUGGACGAGCUCCACCCAAUGGCACCACAGAGUCGGUGUGGCGCCCUCCUGGUUGCGCCAGCCCUCCUGACUGGCGCAACCAGUGCGACGACCGACAAUGCAGAGCCGCACUCUACCCGUCUGCUGAGAGGAGGCGGACAGCCCAAGAAUGUCCUCCUGCGGUGCCCGGCUCUAAUGGGCACCCGACAUCGCCUGCUGGGGACCAUCAACCCCAACAUGGAGGAGGUGCAGAGCGGCGACAGCGUGGUGGCCCUGGGGGCCGCCCACAGGUCCCUUCAGAGCUGCUCGGCUACGUCUCCAUGAGACGGAGGGACACAAUAAAAGCAACAACAGCUACAGCAUUACAACGUGAUGGGAACGGCCGUCACAAGAGCUAUCGCCUUAUCAUUCAGCAGCGAGUGGAGAAUGAGCAGACGGAGGGAUACGUUGCAAUCGGUGAUGUGCAUGUGCGAAUGUGUGAAAGUGCGACUAUGUGUAGAUGCGUGGUGCAUAAAAUUGGAUAGCAGAGAAGAACAGUGAAGACGCCGUUGAAGGUUUCAUAUUACGGCUUCAGAAAUUUGGGCCUCCAAUGCUGAUUUCCCAAAUCAGCGCACAGUCCAUAUAUAGAGAAGUCUGUGGAUCAGUUAAUGCUAAAAAUAGGUUGAGGUACACUGCAAGCAGAAAUAGCAAAACCUAGUCUAAACCUUGGUUUAAGCUGACCUAACCUUGCGUACAUGCUGUACUUUCCGCAUUGUAGAUCAUGAGCGUGGCCUUCAGUGGAGAUGACUCUGCCAUCAUUAAUGAAAAACUGGAUGUGGGACUGGUGGAAUCCACUCCAGAAGCUGAACUGGAAGGGAAAUAUGACCUGCAGGGGUGCUCUUCCUGGCUAAAGGAACAUAAUUACAGAAUAGCCGCUCUUCAGUUUCCAGACAAUCUUUUGGCAGAUGCCACACCAAUAGCCCUUUAUCUGCAGGAUAAUACAGAAUGCCAGAUAUAUAUUCUUGCAGACACGUCCUAUGGCAGCUGCUGCGUGGACGAGGUGGCCGCCGAUCACGUGACCGCCGACUGUGUCAUUCACUUCGGCCACGCCUGCCUGAGCGCCACCUCACGGCUACCGGUGUACUACGUGUUCGUCGACCUGCCGCUAGAUGUCAGCAGUGCAGCGGACGUGCUGUGUCCCGCCCUGCCGGCGGACGGCACAGUGGUGGUUUUCGUGGACGUACGCUACCAGCACGCCCUCGCGGCGCUGUGUAGGGAGCUGUCCCUCCGUCUGGGGUCGCCGGUGGUAGCCGCCGAGCCGCCGCCGUCGGACCCGGCCUCCGCCGCUGACCUGACCGGCGGCGGAGAGGGCGCCACAGAGACGGUGCUGCUGAACCGGCGGGUCGCACUGUCCGAGCCGGCGCUGCAGGCGGCCACGGUCGUGUACGUGGGCGGCGAGGGCCGGCUGCUGACCUGCCUGGCCAUGGCGCUGGGCGACACGCCACUGCUGGUCUGGGACCCGAGCGGCGGCCGGCCGCCGGCGCCGCCCGGCCCGGAGGCCAGCCGCGCAGUCCGCCGGCGCUACUACAUGGUCGAGCGCACCAAGGAUGCGGCACGCGUCGGCGUCCUGGUGGGUACCCUGGCCGUACACCGGUACCGAGAGGCCAUCGAGCGGCUCAAACAGCUGCUGCGCGCCGCCGGAAAACGCUGCUACACCCUGCUUUGCGGCAAACUGAACGUGGCCAAGCUGGCCAACUUCCCCGAGCUGGACGUGCUCGUGCUGGUCUCGUGCCCGGAGAGCGCGCUGCUCGACAGCAAGGAGUUCCUGCAGCCGGUGGUGACGCCGUACGAGGCCGAGCUGGCCUGUAACCCGGCGCGCCAGUGGAGCGGCCGCUACGUGGCCGAGUUCGGCCGGCUGCUGCCCGGCGGCGCCGCGCACGUGCCGCUGCCUGAGGUCGGAGACGUGGUGACGGACGUCUCGCUGGUGACUGGCCGGCUCCGCAGCUGCGGGCUGGAGGCGGCCGGGACACCGGAGAGCGGCGCAGACUCCAGCCUGGUGGCCAGGGAUAAUCUGUCUGUGGCGGUCCACGGCGGCGGCGCCGGGCAGGCGCUCUCGGAGCGCAGCUGGCGCGGCCUGGAGCAGCGGCUCGGGGACACACCGGUCACGGCAGCGGUACAAGGUCAGCGCGGGGUGGCCGCCGGCUACGACCAGGAGGGGACGGCGGUCGAAGACUCCGGGAGCAAGCCGGACUCGGCGACCGCCAACUCCGAGAGCAAGGACUCGGCGCCCACCAAUUCCGAAAGCAUCUCUUAACCAAUGAGGAGUCCUAGGUCACAGGCUUACGGGUGUUACGGGAUUCAGGGUGAAUGAUGAGUAUUUUGAAACGCUUUUUGAUACCAAUAUAUAUUUGUGAUGUAGCAUCCCAUGUGACAGCGUGCAUCUAGUUUUGACAGGUUUAUUCUGAUAUACAAAACGCUCACUA